AUGGGAGUACCAAAGGCAUCAACGGCUGAUAUCAAAAGGGUACAAUGGUCUUUUCACCCCUUAAUCAAAGCAAAUACGAGUAGAUCGGAUUAUCACAUAGACCGAUUAGCACCUCCUGUGCUUCGCCUCCGUGCAGUCGCCACCUCGACGCCCCCCAGUGCGCCGCCAUCCCCAGCCGGAGCGCCGCCGCCACUCCGCCCCAGUGCGCCUCCACCCCGCCGCUUGAGCGCCGCCGCCACCCCCAUCCGCCCCUGCCCUAGCACCGCCGCCCCCCAGUGCAUCGCCACCCCGCCGCCUGAGCGCCGCCGCCACCCCGCCCCCGACCGAUUCUCCCCCUGCCCUAGCACCACCGCCCCCCGAUGCGCCGCCACCCCGCCCCCGACCGAUUCUCCCCCUGCCCUAGCGCCGCCGCCCCCCGGUGCGCCGCCACCCCGCCGCCUGAGCGCCACCACCGCGGCCGUGGCUCUGACGGGCGCGCUGGUCUGGGCCGGCACGUCGCUGCUGCUGCAGCUCGUGCUCAUCUCCGCCUCCAUCUUCGCCGCUGCCGUCAAGUACUCCUUUGUCGCCGCGCUCCUGCUCUUCGUACUCAUCGCGCUCCUGUGA